UCGCCGCAGUGUGAGGAGUAAGAAGACGCGAAGAAUGUCUGGAAGAGGAAAGACCGCCGGGAAAGUCAGGGCUAAGGCCAAGACCCGCUCAUCCAGAGCCGGGCUCCAGUUCCCCGUUGGCCGUGUCCACCGCCUGCUCCGAAAGGGUAACUACGCCCAGCGUGUGGGGGCCGGAGCGCCCGUCUACCUGGCCGCAGUGCUGGAGUACCUCACCGCCGAGAUCCUCGAGCUGGCCGGCAAUGCCGCCCGGGACAACAAGAAGACCCGCAUCAUCCCCCGCCAUCUGCAGCUGGCCGUCCGCAACGACGAGGAGCUCAACAAGCUGCUGGGAGGGGUCACCAUCGCUCAGGGGGGCGUUCUACCCAACAUACAGGCCGUGCUGCUCCCCAAAAAGAGCUCCGGAUCGACCCCAGCCGGAAAGAAAGCCUCUCAGCAAUCCCAGGAAUACUGACCCCCCAGCCCCUAACCGAUAACACAAAGGUCCUUUUCAGGGCCACCCACACUGACAAAAAAGAGCUUGCAUCCAA